GGGUUUUUUUCAUUUGGAUUCAUCGGAUAUUUCGCAAGACAAAUUGCAAAAUGGCGUACUACGGGCAACAGCAACAAGGAUAUGGUCAACCUGGCGCUCCUCCGCAAGGACAGGCUGAUCAGAACUUCCUUUGGGGUGUUUUUCAAAGAGUGGAUAAAGAUAGAAGUGGACAGAUAACUGCAACAGAAUUAGGGCAAGCUUUGAGUAAUGGAACAUGGACACCAUUCAAUCCAGAAACUGUCAGAUUGAUGAUAGGUAUGUUUGACAGAGAUAAUUCCGGCACCAUAAACUUCCAGGAAUUUUCAUCACUAUGGAAAUAUGUGACAGAUUGGCAGAACUGUUUCCGUAGUUACGAUAGAGAUAACUCUGGUGCCAUUGAUAGAAAUGAACUGAAAACAGCUUUAACAAGUUUUGGGUACCGUCUGUCAGACAGAUUUUAUUUUAUAUUAAUUAAGAAGUUUGACCGUACUGCUAGAGGAACUGUGUCAUUUGAUGACUUUAUACAAGUCUGUGUAGUCAUGCAGACUCUGACGAGUGCCUUCAGACAGCACGACACAGAUCAAGAUGGCUGGGUGACCAUUACAUACGAACAAUUCUUGUCACUUGUGUUCAGUUUAAAGAGUUGAAGCAGUGUUUUGAACAUGCUCAGACAUUUACUUAUCCACUUUCUUAUGUUAUUCAUGUAUAUUGUCUUAAGAAGAAAAGAAUGUAUGGUUUUAUUUACAUGCUAUAUAUUAAAAGAUCACAUUUCCAGAUUUGAAAAUGCUUCUUUAAGUUACAUAAAGAAAUGUAAAUGUGAUAUAAAACAUUUGAUACAUUAAUUAUAUUGCAAUAUGUAUUUAUAAAAUCACUCCGGGCCCAUUGUCUGUGAAAUAGAUGGAAAAAUGCUUUACCUGGUUCCAGUAAAAACUUAAUGUUAACUUAUUAACUGUGUUCUUCAAUGUUAGUCAGGCGCAACAGACACAAAGCAAUAGUUCUGUGUUGUAUAUGCUCUUAUUGAUUACCAAUACAAUUACUUCUGUCCUUUACUACUAAGCAGGAUUCUGUUUUUCUACUUGUGCAAAGUUUUGGCUUGGCUGAAUGAAUUGUAUUUCAAUUGAUAAUCUAUUUUAAAAAAAUGUAGGUUUAUUUUUUUGUAAAUUGUACAAAUAUUUUUCCCACCAAAGUGAAAUAUACAUUUAUUAUUCUUUAAUGUUUGGAAUACAUACAUAUGAUGUUUUGUUGAUACUAUGUACAAUACACCUGUAAUAUAACUAUGGUAAAAACCAGACAAUAUGUAAUAGAUUUAAAAGCUCAUAUUUCAGCAUUAUUAUUAAAAUGUAACAUCAUUGUAAAAUAAUGGAAUAUGCUUUUGAAGUUUUAAUUAUAUUUUUUUCUGUUUAAAGGUAUUUUUUCCCUUUACGUCUUGAACAGAUUAUGUUAAAAUUGAAAGAUUUCAUUGUAUUGAAUAAUGUUGUUUAGUAAUCAUCAAAGUUUGUCUUAUUCAAAAUAAAUGUCAGCAUUCUCAUGUACAUGGCUAAGCCACUGUUCUAAGAUUUGCAUUAAUUUCACUUACCUUUAACCUCUGGGUUCAAGCCCGGCCCAGGUUGUCAGUUGAGGUAGCAGAGUAAGGAAUAGGGGAGCCGUAAUCUGUAAAUUUAAGUGUAGACUGCUCAACCUGGAGGUCAUAUUUUUUAGCCAUCGUGGGGUCAUGUAUUGACCUUUUGUGACAUCAGUAUUUGUUUUUCAGGAAGUAGUAUUGAACAUGAUUCAAAUAAGAACCAAGCUUUUGUCACAGUCUAGCUAGUUUAAUUACUGUGAAAUCAUUUAAUUUCGUGGGCAUGAAAUUUCGUGGUUUUGGUCAAAACGGCAAUUUCAUGGGGAUAUGAAUUCGUGGAUUUCAUCUUUUAAACAUAAAAUGAAUGGGAAUUUUACUUGUUCGUUGGGAUUAAAUUUCGUGGAUUGACUCAUCCACGAAAUCCACGAAAAUUAGUCCCCCACGAAUAUUAAUGAUUUCACAGUAAUAUAGAAACAUUGAGGAAGCCACCUACCUUGCCUGUGCAAGAUCAGUAGUCUUAAGUUACACAUAGGUGCCUGAAAUAAUUGCAGGAGGUACUACAGCAUUAAAUACUCUGACCCACAGUAAACACUAUUAUCCUGUGUUAAUGAUAUUGAGGUGUUAACAGAGGAUUUAGUCUUGUUGUUGUAGCCUAGGGCAUGUUGUGAGGAACAAACAGAAAUGACAAUUGUUUAAUUCUAAAUAUAGAAAAAACUUCAUUACACUACCUAUGUCAAAGUUAACACAUAUUGUUGUUGUUUAUGUAUUAGGUUGUCAGGGUACGGUUCAUAUGAUAAUAAUUACAAUAUCUAAUAAUUUAAGCAACCCUGCUUGGUUGCCUCAAUAGGGAGAAAGCAGAUCUAAGGAUCGUGGGGUCGUGAGUUCGAUCUUUGGGCAAGACCUGUUCUCCCUGACAAUUUGAUAAAAGGUAACGCGCCUGAAAUUGUUUGUCCUCCACCUCAGAUUCAUGUGGGGAAGUUGGCAGUCACUUGCUGAGAACAGGUUAGUACUGGCACAGGGUCCAUAAAUAUAUAUUAUGAUCACAGAUAAUCCACCACUAUGUUACAAAACUAAAAAUACAGCAACAAAAUGUUUCCAAACCUGCAGAAAAGAGAGUGUCUUCUGCAAAAUGCAAAAGAAGAGUGCAUGGUGUUACGAAACCAAGUAUUUAUUUCUUGUAUAUUUAUUUCAAUAACACUUUUGCUCCACAUGCCGAUAUCUUUCUGAGUGUUGUUGUUUUAAUUUAUUGUUGAAUGAACAUACUUAUAGGGUUUGUUCUUUAUAAGAACCAUAUAUUGCUUACAUUUUAUUAUAUGCAGUGCUGUAGUUUUUUAUUAGCUUAAAUUUUGUUUAUAACCAGUACUGUAAUAAGUGGGUAAAAAGAUGUAAUCAGGAAGACAAAUUGGGAGAUUUACAGAACCUGGCUAUAGUCUGAGGUGUGUGUUACAGAAACUUUGUAUACUCUUAUAGAAACUUGGUAUACUCCGAGGCAUGUCUUACAGGAUCUAGCUAUACUAUUAGGCAUGUCUUAUAGAAACUGGGUAUGCUUUGAGGUGUGUCUUACAGGAACUGGCUAUACACGGAGGCGUGCCUUAUAGAAACUGGCUAUACUCGAGUGUCUUACAGAAAAAUGGCUAUACCCUGUGGCACGUCUUACAGGAAAUGGCUAUUCUAUGAGGCAUGUCUUACAGAAAAAUGUGAGAAAAAUAAAUGCUUAGCUUCAUAUCAAUAUAUACUUAGCCAUUAAAUUAUGAUAUUGGGCCUAUGUUGCCGAGUAGUUAAGGUCUCAGACUUCAGAUUACUUGCCCCUGACGCCCCAUGUGGUUCUGGAUCCAUCUAUGUAUGAAAAGAAUUGGAACCACUGCCUUACCCUUGCAUGAUCGUAAGAGGCGACUAGUAGGGUCUUAACACUUGGUUUUGCAUUAUCUCUGUGAUUCCGGCAGGUAUGCAAAUUUUGAUUCCAUACCUCAUGUUUUUAUUCCGAUGUAAAUUAGAUGUGAAACCAAAAUUUGUAGUCCUGUUUGGCGCCAUAUAACCUGUACUGUGUUGGUGCGCCGUAAAGCCCAAAUAAAUAAAUAAAUACUAGCCCCUGACUGCUGUGUGUUUGAAACCUCACAUGGAGUGUAGACCUCUUUUGUUUGAGGAAGCUAUCCAGCUGGCUUACAAGUCUAUGGUUCUACCCAGAUGCCCUCCUGUACCUGAAAUAAUGGCUGGAGAGGCACCUAGGAUUUUCCUCCACCAUCAUAAGCUGGAAAGUGACAGUGUUGUCUGUUUGAUGACCUUUGGAUAUUAUUGGCAGAUAGAUAGGAUGUACUUUACGCACGUAUACAAACUUAUGAAUUCUUAACCACUCUUUUGUCUAAAAGCUUUGUCAUAUCAAAUUGCAUGUACAUAUAAGUGUGCUGUUAAAAUUUAUUUUAGAUUGUAUUUGAAGUAUGACUUUGUUUAGAUUGGUGUUUAAUACAAUAUUAUACACGUACUUGAGCGUCCUGUAACACAUUUUGAAACCCACUAAAUUUUUGUUUGUUUCGUUGACAGUAAUAUUCGUGAUGACUUGUACUACAUCAUACAACCUCUCCAGAGCGACCCUCUCUUAAGCAAAAACCUCUCUAUAACAACAUCAUCAAAAUUUCCUUAAGCUGAAAUAUACUACCAAAUUUACCACUCCAGAAAAACAACCUCUACACAACAGUCAAUAUUUCUAUCUCCCAAAGAGUGUUGCUAUACGGAGGCUGCACUGUAUAUAACCAUUUAUUACUUACUGUACUGAAAUAACUUGAACUGAUAUAUAAGAAAUAAUUACUAACUACAUGUACCAUUAUCAUAAAGCAGUAAAAUAACAUUUUCUUUUAUGGUCACAUUGCAUUCCAUUUAAGUCUACCUCUUAAACAUGUUUCUUUAAGACAAUCUCAUAAUCUCCAGUUUUGUUAUUUACGCAGGAAUUAAUUUAGAAGAAAGACAUGUUUUGUUGACGCAUCUUUUUUUAACUCUACUGAUACACAAGUCUAGAAAUAUUGUAUGCCAUUUAAGUAACUGAAUAACUGUUUUGUGUCCUGAAAUCAGUUUAAAUGACAACUCUAAUCAUUGCCAAAUAUUUCAGAAAUAAGCAAAAAAAAAAAAAAAAAAAACCCAAAAUACCCAGACCAGUCAAGAAUUUAAUCUGUGACUUCAGACAGUGGUGUAGGAAGACUUUACAACUGUUGCAUGCAGAUUGAGCUUUUGUUAACUCUCAUUUGAAGCAAAGUAAUGGUGAUUUGUUUUGUAAAGAGACAUGAUAAUAGCUUUGGAUUGAUUUUUUUUUUUAGAAACAUUGAACAUCAGAAGUGCAUGUUGCAUUAUCUUCAUUUUUUAUACUAAAGUGCUUUUGUGUUUAGUUUUUACUUUUCAUAUCAUUGUGUGAAACUCACAAUGUGAUUUAUUGUUAAUUUACUGUGCUUUUCAUGUUACUGUGCUAUCUAUAAUUACAAUACGCAUGUAUAUGUAGAAAACAAUUACUAAUAAAAUAUGAAAACUGAAAA